AUGGAGUUUGAAAAACGUGCUAAUAUGCCAGGUAAGCAAUCUACUAAUCUACAAUCACCCUAAACAAGUUUAAAAAACAAAAAAACAAUAAGAAUGCUAUGGAUACAUUUAUUAUUUACAAUAAAAGUCACUUUUUGAAAGUAUGUUUGAUAUAUGCAUAUUUUUCUACUAUCAUAGGUUGCUUGGAUGAGAUUGAUGAAAAAGAAGACCUUCUCGGGUACAUUUCAAAUAUGACUCCAAUGAUGACCAGUGGGUCAAAAAAGUAUUUUAACUGCCACAUUAACACAAAAAAUCAGAAGAAAAGGGCAGUCUGCUUCUCACCUAAAAAGAGAAGUAAAAUGACUAGACUUCAAGAGCAGAGAUCCCCAGUAAAGAUAUCCAAAUUCAAGAUAAACUGGAAUUCACCAACAAAAGACAUUGUCAUCAACCAGGAUACCAAUAA